CUUGUCACAUAACAAAUAGUAUACGUCUGCGCGCAUGCGCCGAAAAACAAAAUACCAUUUACACAAAUCCAAAAUGUCGACAUGUGGAUGUGCUUUGUUUAGGGUUUAUGUCAAACGAAAAUUCUCCUGAUCUAGUAUGUAUCAGGUUCUUUCGGAAAUUCCAGACCUCAAUAACGAUGUAGUGAACAACAAUCAAGCAGAAUGGACGAAAGGCGAAGGUCGAGACGGGUCGGCAGAUCGGAAUAGCGAAAAGGACUCGACCAAUGUUUACAAUGGGGAAGCGACUGCAGACGGCGAUUUUGCGGGAAAAACCACCAAACAAACUUUGCCACAACAAAGUGAAUCUCGAUUCAGUCACAUCAAAGAUGGCUUGGAAUCGUCCGUCAGCUCUGAUGGCAAGGAGAGGAUUGCCAGAAUUGUGGGUGAAGUCAACAGUCUGUCUGAUGUGGAGAAACUCCUGCUGUACUUGAAACUACCAACUGGAACGACCUCGGAAGACCAGACCAGACAGACUCCGACAUCGUUUCUUCACUCUUCAAACCGUAUUGAGCAAGCCCAGGCUUUCACCUGGAUCCGAAGUCAUCUGGAGGAGGAUGCGGAGAUCUGUGUCCCUAAACACGAAGUCUUUGAUGAUUACAGACUGUAUUGUGAGAGUCACACUCUGAAGCCAUUAUGUCCUGCAGACUUUGGGAAGGUGAUGAAAUGCGUCUUCCCAAAUGUGAAGCCGCGCAGACUUGGGCAGAGAGGCCAGUCAAAGUACUGCUACAGUGGGUUACGGAAGAAACUCGAGGUGCAGCCACCAUCGCUACCAGAACUAGAAGUGUCUCCAAAAAGAGAAACGAUUGAAUAUUCGGAGGAGAAUGAACUCAGCAUGGCCUCACGUCAGUUGGUUUGCGAGUGGGCACAGAAGCUUCUAGGCCGCUCGUUUGGCCAGCUGCAGGAGUUGGCCGAGUUCCUGGUGGGCAAUCUCUACGUCAACAGCAAGUCGACAGCUGCAUUUACCGUGCUCGCGGCCAUGCAGGAGGCAGGUCUACAGAACUCUAAAGUUCCUGUAUGUAGCCUUUUCACGAGCUCAUCUGGUGGUAACAAACACAAGGAGAUGCAGCUACAGCUCCAGCGCAAACUGGCUGAACGGGAACUCAUCAAGGAGCAGAAGAAGAAGCUCCAACAGCACCGGUCCGAGGUGGAGCACGAGAAUGAGAAGCUGAGAUCUGAGGGAUUCCUCACCCCGUCCCCGGCGUUUCCAUCGCCCAUCAAGUAUGCAGCACGCAACAUCACCAAGCUUCUGCAGUCCCCGGUCAGCCACUCCGAGCAGAGAAAGAUUCCUGAAUCUCCAAAGUUGUUGAAGUCACCCAUGUGUUUCUUGAACACCAGCGAAGCCCAGAGCCUGGUGAAUCAGUGUUCCAUCAGCAGUGAAGGGGUUAAACAAGUGACGUUUGUGAAUACCAGUGAAGCUCAGAUGCUGGUGAAUCAGUGUUCCAUUAGCAGUGAAGGGGUUAAACAAGUAACAUUUGUGAAUAUCAGUGAGGCUCAGAUGUUGGUUAAUCAGUGUUCCAUCAGCAGUGAGGGGGUUAAAAAAGUGACAGAAUCUCCUGUUUUGUUCACAAAUUCUCGAAAAGGAAAUAUUGGUUCUUUGUCCUUGGAAAAGGAAAUAGCUGUUAUUCCGUCUUCAAAUGGAAAUAGAUCUAAUUCAGAAGUCACUGUGAAAUCAGUAGAAAAUCAUACUUCCAGUAGUGCAGGCAGCAUCAAUAUUAGCACUCCAGUCUUGUGUGAGAAUAAUUCCAGUCGCACAGCAUCUGGUUUACAUGUAAGUAAAACUGUUUUUUUAGAAGCUGGUUCCAAGGAUGAUGGUCCAGUGAGUCAUUCUGUGGUGAAGCAGAUUCUUCUGAACAAUGUGAAGUUUACAUUUAAUGAGCGAAAUGGAAGUGAUAUUCUCCAGAACGGCAUCUCUAAUAAAGACCAAGCUGGAACGAAGUCCGUGACAGAUGCAUCUUCUCAGAACAGUUCUUCCUCAGUCAGGUCAGAGAAAUUUCACAUUGUUCGAAAACCUGCAGUGAUAACAUCGGGAAAACCUUUCAGUCGCAAUGCAAGCUGCUCGACACUUGCACAGAACGGGAAUGCCAUGCAUGUGGAUGGUAAAAGAAAAGCUGUGCACACCAGUAUGUUAAAUGUGAGUCUGAUGGAAGGGGGUAAAACUGACGGCAGUAAGACCGGCCUAGUGACAGAGACCCUGACUCAGGCUCCACCCUCUUGUGGAACUCUGCCAAGUGCUUUUUGCAGUGCGUUCGUUCCCGUAACAAAUUCGCGUAAAGACCUGACUCCUGACGUUUCACCACAGCUCAACCAAAGGUUAUCUGUUUCUACAGAGGAAUCGGAUAGUGAAGGAAACCAAAUGCAGAUAGAUUUUGGUGAUCAGUAUCAAGAAACGGGUGAUGGAGAGCCUAAGAUGACAUCAAAUGUGAUGUCUGUGUCUGAAGGUCAGAUGACUGUAACAACCAAUGGGGAUGGGCCUGUGCUAUCAUCACCACAGACUCCGAAACGUGCACGGAGCAGGUUUGCGCCGAUUCGUCCGAAAGUUUCGCCCAUUAAAACCAUAUCGUCCAUUUUAAAAGAAACCAAAGGUGUUGAGAAUCAGGGUCCAGCUUACGAUAGUAGGCCAGUGUCGGCCAUCUUGAAAGAAAAACGAGCCAAAGAAGCCCAGGGUCUUUUAGCACAGAUAGCUUCCAAUGUGCAGGCUGUUCACACAGGCACGUCACCAAAAGGCUCUGUUCAGAUGCAUACAGAAGUGAUUAAGCUUCCGCUAACUCCAUCCAAAGGUCUGUCCAACAUUCCAGCCGAGGUCAUCAAAUUACCGCUUACUCCAAACUCAGGAACGAAAACAUCAGAAGUCUUCCUUAUUGUAAAUGCCCCGAAAACGGGAAGUGUUCACCAGCAGCAGCUUGUAUCUGCUGCUAGUAUAGCAUCCAAUGCACAGUCAAAGAACUCUACAACUCCACAGCUUGUAUCAUCAUCAUCAUCAUCAUCAUCAUCAUUGCCUCUUCGUCUUAGCUCACAGAAAGACAGUGGUGGAAUUUCUUCCAGUUUAUCCACCGUUAUGUCUAAUUCAGAGUUAGAAUGUGUUUUAAAUCCUGACAAAGGGUCUGAGUCGUCGAGAACAGUUUCCCUGGUAAAUACAUCAUUACCCGGAUCAAUGAUUUUCACAUCAGCAUCUUCACAUAUGUCUUCUGGUUUAGGUUCUUCAUCCACAACGUCUGUGAUUCUAAAAUCGGCUGUAUCACAUUCCAUACAGAAAGGUCUGCACUCCAGUGUGGAUUCUGCUGCCACUGUGACGUCGAUAAUCAACACAUCAGUCCCAGCAACAGUAUUUGUAACAUCUAAUCCUAUGCAACAAGGACAGCCACAUUGUAAACCUGUUUCCUUUACCACAUCAUCAACAUCAGUGGCGGUUACACCAGCUCUAUCACAAUCCAUUGAACAUGUUGUAAACUAUGGUUCAUUGGAUAAUUCACAGCUGAUUUGUGAUAAAAGUGACUCUAAUAAUGAGUAUAAUGAACAAAUGAUUGUGAUAACAAGUUCUCCCGAUCUGCCAAUUGUCCGAGAUACAGAUAUUCUGGGAAGAAAACGAAAGUCCAGUGAUCAGGAGACAAACAAUCAGACUUUCAAGAAGCUCAAUUCUUCUGAAGUCAGGCUGGACGAUGAUGAUGUGUUUUUUUCACUUGGAUCUCCAACUUCAUCAUCAUCACAGCAAACAAACCGGCCAUCCAGUUUUGUUACCAGUGAGGCAAGCUUUGACGGUUUGAGAAUGCUGCAGCCGGUACCGACAUCCAGACACCAGGUAAAUCAUGUUGAGAGGAGGAUGAAUAACAAGGCAUGUACAACAAACACAAGUAACUCGUUGAGACCAUCAAAGAAACUGUCUGCAGGAGCAUCGAAUGAAAGUGUUCAAAAGGUUGGUUCAGGACGUGCUGUUGGUCAGUCUGUGAGGAUAUCUGGUAGCAAACUCAGUCUUGAGAGUCUGGAAAGUGAUGCCCUGCUCGAUACAUCUCCACUGUUUGUUGACCAAGACUUGGUGACGUCCCUUGGAUCAAAAUCGCCACAGACCGCAUCCGUGGGCGUAAAUGCCAAGUCCUUGCGUCCAUCACAGAAGCAAUUGAUACACCAGAAAAUGCAGUUAGAUCAGCAGAUGAACAGCUUCUUAAGCAAAGCGAAGAAUCCGAAUGUAGCAAGUGAGAUGAAGCAGUUUGACAAGGCAAAGGCAAAGCACCUGCUACAGAAGAUCCUGCAGCAGUCCCAGGGUGGAGUCCAUCUUGGUCGUAACCUUCAGAGGCAAGUUAGAGGAUCCUCCAGCAGCAACCAACCACCUGUUAACCUUCUGAAUCUUCUGCAGUCGGUUAACAGCAGGAGGCAGCUUCAGAAAGGAGAGAAUGUGGAGAGUGUUGAUAAGGAUCACAAUCAGAACAGUCUGGAUCUGCACAGCAGCAUGAUUGUUGAUGGCUCUCGGCCAGAUCUGUGUCUUGAUCACUUGAAGAAAAACGACUACCCGACUACUGUCCAGUCUUACGAUGCACACAGAGAAUCUAUAUUAAAUUCGGAACUCCCUUCAGAGGUUGCCGAUUUUAUCACGGAGCAUUCCCAGGACAGAAUGUUCCAGAUGAAGCAUCCGCUGGCUGACAUCGAAUCAGCUGACUUUCAGCAGAUGGAUGCUCUGUCGUCCAGCCAGGAAUCUCAACUCAUUGAACCGUUUACCGUUCCAAACCCACCACCUCUUCGAAACAAGCAUCCUGAUGUUAAUUUGUCAGUGAAAAAUAGACUUGUACCCAUGCAAAGAAGCAUUUCCAUGCCACUGUUUGUUUCACCAGUUGUUAAUCUUACACCACAAGCAUUAUCUAAACCACAAGACGUACAGUCAUUUCAGACCUGUGAUGGUUCGUCGGUCCCCCAGUCUUUUAGUGUUCAGGGUGCUUCAUCAAGACAUCCAGUUCGGCGGCAGCGACAGAGGUCUAUAGAAAGAUUGAGCAGUGAAACUCCUGAUGCAGGAUACCACAGUUUUGAUGCCAGUCCAGUUAUGAAUCUGACUCCCAGUUCUUUACUCUCCAGUGAUGAACUUCAUGUCGGGUCAUCAUAUACUUUGAUGCCAGAGUCUGGGUUUGUGAAUGAAGUGACCCAGAGUCCAGGUCAACUUACAUCAUCACAGUCCAUGUGUUCUCAGUCUGCAUCCAGUUCAGUUGUGUCUCAAAGCAGUAUAAGUCAUAGUCCAGUGGGUAAUUUCAGCUCACCAAAUGCUUUCAUGCCCAUUCAAGGUGGUACUGUUUCCUCAUCAGCAAACAUGAACAAGACCCAUCGUGUGACUUUGAUCAAACCAACUGUAACAGUUGCCUGCUCAAGUCCAGAUGCCCUUAACACAUCAGUUGAAAACGUGAGCCUCAGUUCUUCAGAUCGAAAACAAGCAGAAUACUCCCCAGGGGGAGCAAACUCUGAAGUAAUAUACUGCACAGCUACAAGUCAUUCAGAAGCCCCAGUUAAAAGGACAGGUGUUCUGAAACAACUUCUUGGCAGAAAGGACAGUUUGCCCAGUUAUGAAGAAGCACUCCACCAGCUUAACAAGUCUCAGGAUGGACAGGUGAUUACCACUAACAUGAAAUCUGAACAUUCAACUGAAGGAUCUUCAAUGCUAACCAACAUUUUGUCAAGCUCUUUUCUAAAUGGAGUGCAGGAUGUGAAGCCUACAUAUUCAUCAAAACAAGUCUCCCAGUCUGUGGUACAGACGUCAUCUGUCAAUCCAUGUGGAAGAAGCAGUCAGUUUCCUUCAGCAGUAACACAGCCAGUUACAUCGACGAGUAAUCAGUAUCCAUCACUGUUUGCACCUCCAAGUCCAUACACCUCAAGUGUUCCUCCAGCAAGUCCUCGUGCUGCUCUGAUAUCAAGAACGCUUUCAGUACCUCCAUCCAGUCCAGGUGCACAGUCGGCAUCAGUGCCAGCUAGCCCACACGGCGGCCCACCAUCAGUCCUGCCACCAGCAAGCCCAUGUGGUCCUCUGUCUGUUCCACCAGCCAGUCCCCAUGGUCCUCGGUCAGUUCCUCCUGCUAGUCCUCACGGACCUCGGUCUGUACCACCACCAGCUAGCCCACAUGAUCCUCAUUCAGUACCUCCUGCCAGUCCUAACAGCAUGAUACUGUCGCCAAAAGUGUAUCCGCUAGGAAUGCUUUCGGCCAGUCCUCAAGGAUCCUCGUCGUCUUACGGAUCUCGACCGGGUUCACGGCAAGGUCAGGUGUUCGUUUCUGGUCGCACAUCUACUGUGCCGCCGUCAAGUCCAUGUGGGUCACAGAUGGUUCCUUCUCCAGGAUCACAGAGUCUUGGCAUGCAGCCUGCAAGUCCAUAUGAAGCAACACCGUCUGCCAUUCUGUCGUAUGGUUCUCAGCCUAGCUUAAAACAAACCACAGGCAGGGAAACUAAGAGGCUGAUUUCCAGAGCUGGUUUAGAGAGUGGAUCAGGUUGUGACCUUUCUAAAGCAUCCAUUUCUUCAGGUGACCCAAAGAUGACCAAAGAAUUUCCAUUUUCAUAUCAUCUUGCCUUGCUGCGUGAAAAGGUUCUUGCUGAUCCAGAUAUGAAACCAGAGCACCUAAAAGUGAACAGAAAACCUCUUGUGAAAUCAGAAAUAUCUGACAGUACACCUCAGGCCAAGAGUGCGACAUCAGUGGUGGUUCCAAUGGACGAAUCGUCAAGUCUGAUUAUGUCGUGUACAAAGCUUUCUGAUGUUUCCUUUGUGUUUUCAAACAAUGAAACCAACAUGGAGGUGUCUUCUGCUGAUUACAGAUUGUGUGAUGAUGGUCUCGGUAAGCAGCCACAGUCUUCUAACAGUGUGUCCACACACACACAAUCUCAAAGUGCUCCUGCAUCUUCAACAACAGUCUCCGUACAGAGUCAGCCAGUGAGAAAUGCCCAUGUUGAAAGAACAAACCCAGUGGGUUCUGCACCGCUGUUGGCGGGACUGUUAAAUUCCCAUUCAGAUGAAGAGAGCGAUAAACUCAAAAUAGUGAAGUCGAGGAGUGGUACGAACUACUCUAAAAGCGAUGUGCCUUCUGCCCUUUUAAAUGCUCUUGGAAAUAGUCGACAGUUGAAGAACUGUGAUGCUUGGGGCAAGCACAAAAGUGGUGAUACUGUUUCAGUGGACUUGCUGAAUGCUCAUGGAAAUAACAGACAGAAAACAUCCGCACUGGAUAUCCAGAUUCCUGACCCUGGACAAGUUCUGAAGGGUAUUCCUCUGAAUGUGAAAUGUAGCACCAGUGAAGCCCAUGCUAAAAACCCCUUCAUUGCGUUCGAUCUGCCAAACGUCAACUACAUGGGCCGUGCACCUAACAUCAAUCUUGCGAGCAUUCUGCCUCAGAAGCCAGUUGAUAGAAAGCAGAAUGCCAAUCCAGGAAAUAUAGACUUCAGUGGCAUUUUCCCGGCAAAUUCUGUACCAAAGACUCAUCAGAUUUUGAACAGCACAGCAAAAUCGAAGUCCAGUUCAAUUCCUUUCAUUGGAUCUCAUUCUGAAGUGAACCCACCAAAUGUUAAUCUCAGUGUCCUGCUUAGAGAUCACAACAGACAUGAUGGGAUGGCAAGCAAAAUUAGUUUCUCCAACUCGGAUCUCCGUAAUUUGUUGGCCGGUCAGAACAGUGUGAAAACUACUAAAGAUUGUGAUUGUAAUGCACUCUUCCCACCAAACCAGAGUGUGAGCUCUUGCAACAAAAGUGAUAUCAUUCCAUCAACUUCAUCUCAGUUCGUCUUCACGUCAGCACCUUUGAGACAAAACAGUAUUCCUGUACAAGCAACAGCUUCCGUUACAUCCAGUACAGUAAACCGAAAGCACUCAAGUGCUUCAUUAAAAGAGAAAAAUGCUUCUAAUUGGAAGGGAACUGUCAGUCACUCCUAUAAUUCCAGCGUGGCUGGUGAAUCAGUCAAUUCUGAAAAUCCACUGUUGAGUAAUUUAUUGAGCAAACAGACUAACCGUCUUCAGAGUUCAACCGUGUACCACCAGCAUCUGAAUACUGACCAAAAUGUUCACGUGGGACCAGAAAAUGGAUCUGAUUUUUUAUCGUCCCAGUCCAUUGACGAUGAACUGGGAUGCACUUUGGAUAUUUUGAAGAAGUUGGAUGGGCAGUACUUUGAGUUGGAACUGGAUAAUAUGCAGCCAACUCUGCCCGUUCACAAUCUUAUGCCAGAUAAUCAGACUGUAUUAGUAACAGACGAUUCCAGCUAAAGAAUCAAAUUAUAAAUAUAUUUAUUGCUAGGUUUUUUUUAUCAUCUUUAUGAAUGUUUCCCAGUCUUUUUAAGAUAGAACCUCCCUUCAGUUAAUAGUGACUAGUACUUCUGUUCAAUGAAUAUUGAAUAGUUACUCCAUUUAGUGAAUAAUAAGGACAGGUAACAGAUUCCCCCUCCCCAUCACUCCCAAACAAUUUGUUGAUCUAAAGUUUAUAUUACGUGACAUUGUGGUCUAGCUAAGGAAUCAAAUAACAUUUAUCGCUUGGUUUUGAUUAUCUUUAUCAGUAUUUCCUAGUUUUUUAAAGAUGAAUUAUAAGGAGUGGCACAAGAUUUACCACUCUCUCCCAAGCUUUUUAAUAAUAACAUUCAAUUCCAUAGCGUCUUGUCAUGGACAGAACAUUCUGAAUUUGUUUUUGGAUAAACCAUAAAUGGUUUAGGCAAAUGUUGAAUUCUCAGAGGCUGGUACUAGACUGAGUCUCUAAAAUCUUGAAAAUUAAUGGAUAUAUUUUAUUAUGUUUAGGAAUGAUCAUAGUAACAGAACUGCUGUUUACAGUUGGUCCAAUUUCAAAACAUUUCAAACCCAUGAGUUCCACCUAUAUUCCGUUAAGUCAUUCUAAAAAAAAAAAAAAAUUGUAAAUAAUUUCAGUUUGGUUUAAUGUAAGAAGAAAAGUAAAAGUGUUUUAGAGAUAACAAAAGAAAAAUCAAAUCAAUCGGCUCAUAAAUAAAUAAUUUGUAGUAAAUUUCAUAGUAUGAAAAAAGGCAUUCCCUGUGGAAUGGAUUAUAGUAGCGGCACUUACAGUCUGUUUUUUUUUUAUUACCUACCCUCGAAUUAUUUUCUGACAGAAAGCCUGCUUUUAACUGAUUUUGUAUAACUGAGUAUUUUCUGGUUGGCAGUAAAUAACUAUACUUGACAACGAAAGUUUAGCAAAUAUCUAUUAUGAUGUCUAAAUUUGCCAUGGUUGAAUAAACUUAAAAGAAAAGCAGAUCCUCCUGUUGUGUUAAGCAAAGGUUGAUGAGUUUAUGUUGUAUGUA